GGCAGGUACCACGAUGGGGUGAGAACAGCUUCUACUUUCUGAUGUACGAACGACCAAAAAAUACCAAGAUCCACGAAUUUGUUGAGAUAUGCAAGGUGACGACGUUCUUGCACCAGCGCCUUGACCUCCGGCCCUUUCUUUGCAAUUAUCCAAAACACACAUUCGUCAUUAAUCGCUUGUCAGCUACAAUAAAUGUAAAUCAUGAGGUUUAAUAUUCAACAUCCGGCACGGGCUCUACUUCAACCAGCGAUGCUCGGGCCACGCCCGUUUGCCUGCGGGCAGAGAAGCCUAUCAGGCUUGGCAGCGCGUUGCUCUAACGAAAAGCAGUACUGCUCAGGUUCUACUGGCACAGUACGACAACUAUCGAGAAUACCACGACGUGGGCAUGCGAAGAGCACCAGUGGUCUUAGUGUUGGCCUGCGAUGGCAACAUUCCUCAGCACUCAGCGCUGAAGGUGGCGCGGCGGUGGUGGACCACACUACCGAAAGCAACUCGCUAGUCAUUCAACUAGGAAGACCAACAGAAGGAGAUGCAGAUGAAAAAAUCACGGAGAUUCUCCUCGUCGUCCCUCGUUUCAAGGACGAGGAGCCGACCAAGCUGCUUCCCGAGCCGGUUGUCAAUUUUCUUACGGAGAAUGGGGUUCGCUUCGAGGCGAAGACCGUCGGUGCCACAACGUGGGUAUACAACCCCAGCAACCCAAGUUCUUCAGGUGAAGCACCAGCUUCGGAGUCCGAGAGGACUGGAUCUCGGAUAAAAAGAACCCUUCUUGUAGGUCUUGGAGAGUCGUCCAAGCUCACCUGCCACAGACUUCUCACCGCGGUAAACGCUGCACGUGCGGCCCUCGACGCACAGAAGGUCUCGGAGGCGACACUCACCGUUCUGUCGCCGGCACGUGGUGCGGCUGAUGGCCUGGAGCAGCAAAAAGAUCAUACUACGUGGUCAACAUCUUCUUCGGUAUUCCCGGUUGAGAGCACGCCCAAUAUUGUCGUUGCGGAUCAGGAGGAAAUCGUUGAGGCUGGGGCUGAUUGCUCUUUCCAUAUCACUCCGCGCACCCUCACGGAAGCGUUUUUCGAUGCGAGCUACAAAUUUGACCAGCUGCGCAAGAAAAAAAGCGCUCACGAGAACGAGAAACCAAGUAAAAACUCGCGGCCUCCGACAAGGCAUAUUUGGCUCGCCGCACCAUCUCCAUCAUCGUCGACUUCAGAAUCAUCCGCAGAGCUGCACGAGGACCAGCCUAGCUUUUACUCUAGUUGCGAAUUCGGCAGUGCUGUCGCAGCCGGCAGUGCUUAUGCACGGACCUUGAAGAACCUCCCCGCCAACAUUUGCAACACGGAUUACAUGGUCUCCGAACUUGAGAAGCUCGCGCGGCAGGAUCGCGAAAAUGAUCAAGGCGGGAACAAGAUCAUGAUGAACAAUUUCUCAAAUCUGACCGUCUUCGCAACAAAGGAACUGGAAGCCAUGGGUUUUGGGUGUCUGACCGCGGUAGGCCGCGGCAGCGCCACCGAGUCGUAUUUGACGCGUUUAGAGUGGAGACAUGCGGGUGGUGGGCCAAGCGGUGGACAGCACGGAAGAAUAAAUAGAGAAAAGACCAUCGUUCUCGUCGGCAAGGGUGUCGUUCACGAUUCCGGGGGGUUAAAUUUGAAGCUCGGCUCUGGCAUGUCCGCUAUGAAGAUGGACAUGGGCGGCGCGGCCUGCGUGCUCGGUGUGUUGAAAGCGCUCAGCCAGCUUUUCCCGCCUGAUGGUGAAGGUCGCGGCAGCACUGCUGGGCUACAAACACUAAACACGGAGAACAAGUCCACCGGCGAGACAAUAAACCACGGCACUCAGCCUGUGCGCGUCGUCGGUAUUCUUCCCCUGGUGGAAAACUCAAUCAGCGGCUCCGCCUACCGCCCCGGCGACGUGCUGACAAGUUUGGAUGGCUUGACGGUCGAGGUGAACAACACGGACGCGGAGGGGCGGUUGAUUCUGUGCGACGCGUUAACCUGGGCCCAGCAACAGUACCCGGACGCGGAUUGUUUCAUCGACAUCGCAACCUUGAUAUGCAUUGCAAAAGUAUCGUACUAGUAUAAAUUGCAUCACACAUUUUUUCAAGAAGAAAAAUGAAAUGCUGAUUUACCUAGAAAGGGAUGUUUGUCAUGCAUGAUCGCAAUUACUACGAGUACGAUACUUUUGCGCAGGAUACUUGACCGGCGCCAUGGUGACCGCGGUCGGCCCGGAUUUUUCCGGGCUGUUCACCAACUGCAGCCAGCUGAAAAACGAGCUUUUACGCGCCGGCUUGUCCAGCGGGGACCGGGCCUGGCCGUUUCCGCUGGUGGAGGCGGGGGAAAGGUACGAGGACAUGCUCAAGUCCAAAUAUGCGGACCUGAGCAACUAUCCAGUGUAAAAGCAGCGUACUUGUAGCUACUGCUGUUGGACUGCAUGACAAACCUAGCUUCUAUACCCUAGUAAUCAGCAUGACAAAUUCCAUUUUUCCUUCUGUAAAAGUUUGUCAUGUAACUUUUCCAAAGACGAAGCACAAGCAACAGUACCAUAGUACAACUUUUGCAAUGCAUAGUAACAUCGGGAGCUCGGGGGCGGCGGGCAGCAUCACCGCCGCGCUGUUUUUGAAACAAUUUAUUACGGGGAAAAAUCGGUGGGCGCACCUUGACAUCGCCGGGAGCGCGAUGGGCGGGAGCUUCGACAAAGCCAGUGCGACGGGGAGGCCAGUGCCCCUGCUAGUGGAGUUCAUCGCGAAGAAAAUUUUGGGAAUGGGGUAGGAAGUGACCGAUUAUAUCGGCAUUCGCGUCGGAACCACGACGCGCUCAGUCAAUGAAGAACACGACGCGCUCAGUCACUUUGCUCCGCAGGAAAUGCGAGGAACCACGACGCGCUCAGUCAAUGAAGAACGAACACAGGAGUUACACCCCAGAGCUACUAGACCUAGAGAACAAAGAGAAAGACGCAGCUUGAUACCAUCUCUUUGGUAUUCUUCUUCUUUCAUCUACUGGAAAACUUUUUAUUUUAGAAAAAAGUAACUCUUCGCUUGCAGCUUGCGACUACCUGGAAGAUAAGCAUCUGACUCCGCGCUGCUUUGAAGAUUUGGACUAUUACCAUUGUCG